AUGCUGCGCAUCACGCUGCUUAGCGGAGAAGAACUGACGAGCACUCCUGUUGAGGAGGCGCACGAUGUGAAGGCCUUGAAGCAACAACUGAACAAGACGUACGGCCUGCCACCGCGAUUUAGACAAAGACUGCUUCAUGAGGGCCAGACUUUGGAUGAUGCAUUUAAUCUGGAUUUGCCGAUGGACCUGCAGCUAGUGCUCACGACAUUCGCCGAGCCGUCCGACAGCCAAAAGGAGCAGCUUUUCUUUGCAGCCAGGGACGGCUUGGUGUCCGAGGUUGAAGCGCUGCUGCAGCUCCCCAUGGACCCUGAUGCUAUGCCGUCGUUCCCCGCUGGCGACGAGUGGAGGAGAUGCGUAGUAGCGAGCUAA